GCCGCCGCCGCGCACAGCCUGUGGCCUCCUACCCCGCCGGCCGCGCUCCGGAGCCGCCGGGCCGCGGCGGAGCGAGGGGCCGGGCGAGGCGAGGGCCGGGCGGUGGGCGCCGGGCCCCGCGGCCGGCACGACGGAGCCCCCGUACGGCCGGCGGCAGCGGUUGCUGGCGGCCCCGGGGCCCCGGCGCGGGAAGCGGCGGCGGCGGGGCGGCGGCGGCGGCGGCGGCGCCAUGGAGCCGCGGGAGGUGAAGGACCGAAUCCUGGAGAACAUCUCGCUGUCGGUGAAGAAGUUGCAGAGCUACUUUGCUGCAUGUGAAGAUGAGACCCCUGCCAUCCGGAACCACGAUAAGGUCCUGCAGCGUCUGUGUGAGCACUUGGACCACGCCCUGCUCUAUGGACUGCAAGACCUCUCAUCUGGCUACUGGGUGCUCGUGGUGCAUUUCACCCGGAGAGAGGCCAUCAAGCAGAUCGAGGUGCUGCAGCACGUGGCCACCAACCUGGGACGCAGCCGGGCCUGGCUGUACCUGGCCCUCAACGAGAACUCCCUGGAGAGCUACCUGCGGCUGUUCCAGGAGAACCUGGGUCUCCUGCACAAGUACUACGUCAAGAAUGCCCUGGUCUGCAGCCAUGACCAUCUGACCCUCUUCCUGACCUUGGUGUCUGGGCUGGAGUUCAUUCGGUUCGACCUGGACCUGGACGCCCCCUACUUAGACUUGGCCCCCUACAUGCCCGACUACUACAAACCCCAGUACCUGCUGGACUUUGAAGACCGCCUCCCCAGCUCGGUCCACGGCUCGGACAGCCUCUCCCUCAACUCCUUCAACUCCGUCACCUCCACCACCCUGGAGUGGGACGACAGUGCCAUCGCCCCGUCUAGUGAGGAUUAUGAUUUUGGAGAUGUGUUUCCAGCAGUGCCGUCUGUACCCAGCACAGACUGGGAAGAUGGAGACCUCACAGACACUGUCAGUGGCCCCCGCUCUACUGCCUCGGACCCGGCCAGCAGCAAGGCUUCCACCAAGAGUCCCACCCAGCGCCACAACCCCUUCAAUGAGGACCAGGCAGAGACCGUGUCCUCCUCCGACACCACCCCUGUGCACACCGCCUCUCAGGAGAAGGGGGAGCCCCAUACCCCGGACUUGCCAGACACCUGCGCAGAGCUCGAGGUCAUCAGGGUCACCAAGAAGAAGAAAAUUGGCAAGAAGAAGAAGCCCAGAUCGGAUGAGGAAGCAAGUCCACUCCACCCGGCCUCUACCCAGCAUACGUGUGCCAGGCGGGGCAGUGGUGACACCCUCGUCAGCAGCCCAGGCCCCGGGCGGGUCUCCCCAGACAAGACCCUCGCCUCCGCCGGGGAGGAGACAGAGGGACCCGGCAGCACAGCCGAGGGCAGCGAGCGCUCAGAGCCCGGCCAGGUGGGCCUGCUUAUCCCGGAGAUGAAGGACACCUCCAUGGAGUGCUUGGGGCAGCCCCUGAGUAAGGUCAUUGAUCAGCUCCACGGGCAGCUGGACCCCAGCACCUGGUGCUCCCACGUCGAGCCCCCCAACCAGUCCUUUCGGACUGGCUCUCCCGGGGACGCCCCGGAGAGGCCGCCAUUUUGCGACUUUAGUGAGGGGCUUCCAGCCCCAAUGGACUUCUACCGCUUUACCGUCGAGAGUCCAAGUACUGUUGCAUCAGGUGGCGGCCACCAUGACCCUGCAGGGCCUGGCCAACCGCUGCAUGUUCCUGGUAGCCCUGCGGCUGCUGGCCAAGAAGAAGAGGGAGGAGGACGAGGGCCGGGACAGGCGCCUCGGCCCCUAGAGGACACCCCGGGGGAGACGCAGGAGCCAGAGGCCCAGGAGGUGGAGACCCGGUUGCCCCUGGUCGGUGAGGGACCUGUGCCUGAGCAGGAGCCUGGGACCCAGGAAACUCUUUGCCAACUCAAGCGAGACCAGCCCAGCCCUUGUCUGAGCAGCGCCGAGGACUCUGGGGUGGAUGAGGGGCAGGGGAGCCCUUCGGAGAUGAGCCACUCGGCAGAGUUCAGGGUAGACAACAAUCACUUACUCCUGCUCAUGAUCCACGUGUUCCGAGAAAACGAAGAGCAGCUCUUCAGAAUGAUCCGGAUGAGCACGGGGCACAUGGAGGGCAACCUGCAGCUGCUGUACGUGCUGCUCACAGACUGCUAUGUCUACCUGCUCCGGAAAGGGGCCACAGAGAAGCCAUACCUGGUGGAAGAGGCUGUUUCUUACAAUGAACUUGACUAUGUGUCGGUGGGCCUCGACCAGCAGACAGUGAAGCUGGUGUGCACCAACCGCAGGAAGCAGUUUCUGCUGGACACGGCGGACGUGGCCCUGGCAGAGUUCUUCUUGGCUUCUUUGAAGUCAGCCAUGAUCAAGGGCUGUCGGGAACCACCCUACCCCAGUGUCCUGACUGAUGCCACCAUGGAGAAGCUGGCACUGGCCAAAUUUGUGGCCCAGGAAUCUAAGUGUGAGGCGACCACUGUUACUGUGUGCUUCUACGGGCUCGUGCACUGGCAGGACCCCCAGGAUGAGUCCCUGGGCCGCAUCCCCUGCCACUGCUCACCCCCUGAGGGUGCCGUCACCAAAGAAGGCAUGCUGCAUUACAAGGCGGGCACCUCCUACCUGGGCAAGGAACACUGGAAGACGUGCUUCGUGGUGCUCAGCAACGGGAUCCUCUACCAGUAUCCCGACCGCACUGAUGUCACCCCUCUGCUCUCAGUGAACAUGGGGGGGGAGCAGUGCGGUGGCUGUCGGAGAUCCAGCACCACGGACCGGCCCCACGCCUUCCAGGUCAUCCUCGCCGACCGGCCCUGCCUGGAGCUGAGCGCCGGCAGUGAGGCUGAGAUGGCUGACUGGAUGCAGCACCUCUGCCAGGCCGUGUCCAAAGGGGUCAUCCCCCAGGGGGUAACUCCCAGCCCCUGCAUCCCCUGCUGCCUGGUGAUCACGGAUGACCGCCUCUUCACGUGCCACGAGGACUGCCAGACCAGCUUCUUCCGCUCCCUGGGCACCGCCCAGCUGGCCGACAUCAGCACCGUCUCCACUGAACCGGGCAAGGAGUACUGUGUCUUGGAGUUUUCCCAGGACAGCCAGCAGCCCCUCCCACCCUGGGUCAUUUACCUGAGCUGCACAUCUGAACUGGACCGAUUCCUGUCUGCACUGAACUCUGGGUGGAAAACCAUCUACCAGGUGGACCUCCCCCGUAAGGCCAUCCAGGAAGCCUCCAACAAGAAGAAGUUCGAGGACGCCCUGAGCCUCAUCCACAGCGCCUGGCAGCGGAGCGACAGCCUGUGCCGGGGCAGAGCCUCCCGGGACCCCUGGUGCUGAGGCGGAGCUGGCGGGCGUCCUGGAGGGGCCGGAGAGGGAGGCGGGCGAGCGGCUGCUGGGGCCAGGCUCCCGCCCUCAUUCCCGGGCAGCAGAACCACCGAGUGGGGCUUGAGACAAGGUCUCCCUCCCAGGGACCCAGAACGGGUGCCCAGCACCCUGGGCCUCCUGCCCGGCAGGUGGCAACUGGGAAGUGCUGGGGGCAGAGGGUCCGAGCCCUAUGGGCUCUGCAGAUGCACGGCCCCCUUCCCCGGGGCCACCGCCUCACUCCACGAGGGGAGCAGGACUCAGAGGGCAGGAGCCCCUCUUCCUCCCCUGGGUCAGGGGCCCGGGCAGAGGCUUAGGCCGCCCUGGGGGCUCUGAGUGCCCGGCCAUCCCUGUUCAUGUUUGAACAUUCACCCGGCUGGGAGGGAAGCUGGAACACCGCGGUCUCAGUGCAUGUCUUCUCCUCACUAGCUCCAUCCCCAAGCACACUGCUCCCUGCCUUCCAGGGCCCGGGGGGUUGCAGGGGGCCGGGAUGGCCCUCCCUGGCUACCAGGAGGCCCUGCAUGUCCACGGCCCCCUACCUCCCCUCCUCCAAACCUGGCAGUGUCUGUAGGACCCAGGGAUCAGGCCAUCUCCUUUUUGCCAGGAGCAAAGGGGAGGGAGGAGGGCUUGGAGAGGAGCAAAGCCCACCAGCCUGUGUCCCCUGCCUGGCUGGAGCCAGGUCCUUCCCAAGAGGGCCCUCUGGGGGAAGGGGUCAGGUGGCCUGGGUUUUGUUUUUUAAAAUAAAAUAGACAUGUUAUAUUGCCAA